UCCAACCCAGUUUUGCUUCCCAUUCAAUUCGCUCUCUUCCCUUCCCUUUCCUUUUCCCAUUUCAUAACCACUCGCAUUUAACGCUCUUACUCAACACAUAGCCACUUCGAAAAUUUGCAGAGAGAAACAAAGAUCAACAAUGGCGGUUUCUCUCAGACUACACUUUUCGAUGGCUUCUUCAUUGCUCUUUCUUCUUCUCCACAUCCUCUUCGUUCAUUCAAGUUUUGCUGGAGAUGAGAGAUUGCAGAGCUUCAAUUCUUCAUCAAUGGCGGACUGGAAUGUUAAGAACGAGCAUGCUGUUGAUAAUCCAGAGGAAGUUGCAUCAAUGGUCGAUUCGAGCAUUCGCAACAGCACAGAGAGGAGGAAUUUAGGGUUCUUCUCUUGCGGAACAGGAAACCCAAUUGAUGAUUGUUGGCGAUGCGACCCACGUUGGCAACUUCGCCGCAAGCACCUAGCAAAUUGCGGCAUUGGGUUCGGUCGCAACGCUGUCGGUGGCCGCGAUGGGAGAUAUUAUGUCGUUUCAGAUCCUGGCGAUGACGAUCCUGUCAAUCCCAGACCAGGAACUCUUCGCCAUGCCGUGAUUCAAGACAGGCCAUUGUGGAUUGUGUUCAAAAGAGAUAUGGUUAUAACUCUAAAACAAGAACUCAUCAUGAACAGCUUCAAAACAAUCGAUGGCCGUGGUGCUAAUGUCCACAUUGCUUAUGGCGCUUGCAUUACAAUCCAAUUCGUAACCAAUGUCAUUAUUCAUGGUCUGCAUAUUCAUGACUGCAAGCCAACGGGUAACGCCAUGGUUCGAAGCUCCCCUAGUCAUUAUGGAUGGAGGACAAUGGCCGAUGGGGAUGGGGUUUCUAUUUUUGGGUCGAGUCAUAUUUGGAUUGACCAUAACUCUCUUUCUAGCUGUGCUGAUGGGCUCAUCGACGCUGUGAUGGGAUCAACUGCCAUUACCAUUUCUAACAAUUACUUCACCCACCACAACGAGGUGAUACUUUUGGGACACAGUGACUCAUAUGUAAGAGACAAGCAAAUGCAAGUGACCAUUGCUUAUAACCAUUUUGGUGAAGGUCUCAUCCAAAGAAUGCCAAGGUGUAGACAUGGGUAUUUCCAUGUAGUAAACAAUGACUACACUCAUUGGGUAAUGUAUGCCAUCGGUGGAAGUGCUGAUCCCACCAUUAAUAGCCAAGGCAACAGAUAUCUUGCCCCUGCCAACCCUUUUGCCAAAGAGGUCACUAAGAGAGUUGAUACGUGGAAUGGUGAAUGGAAGCACUGGAAUUGGAGAUCAGAGGGAGAUCUUUUGCUAAAUGGAGCCUAUUUCACUCCAUCAGGAGCUGGGGCAGCAGCCAGUUAUGCAAGAGCUUCAAGCUUAGGAGCCAAAUCCUCUUCCUUGGUGGGCACCAUUACUUCAACUGCAGGUGCCCUUUCUUGUCGCAGGGGAUACCGUUGUUAAUUUCAAGUCACAGUUAAAGUAAGAUAUAUAAAAAACGAAGAACAAGAAAGAAUCUAAACACUUGAAAGGAAGAAAAAAAAAAUUUACUCAUUUUUUCUUCCCUAUUAUUGUUAUAGUUAUAGCAUUAUCUCAAUGAGUUUGAGCCAUCCCUUCUGUUUACAACCGCCCCACCACCGCCACCGCCACCGCCACCUUGUACUUGUCCCAAUCAAGAAUUGGAAACUGUACAUUUUUCUUCGGUUACAUGUUAAUGCCAAAUGUUGUAAUAUC